UCAAAUCGGCAAAGUGUAUAAUGUUGGCAACAAGCGAUCUAACGGAUGCGGCUCAGUGCGGAACACCCGGUAUUGGACUGUUGCAGGGCAUGGUUACCUUGUUGGUGCAGACUCUACUUUCCGCCCAAUGCAAUGUUGCACCAUCUAAGCUCUGGCCACCGGACUAUGGGGAUCAACUCGCCGAUCUUCGCGAGGAACUCAAUUAUGACUUUGUUGUCAUUGGUGCCGGCUCAGCGGGUUCUAUUGUCGCCAGUCGACUUAGCGAGAAUCCCAAUUGGCGUGUUCUCGUCCUGGAGGCAGGUGGUGAUCCACCAGUUGAAUCCGAGAUCCCAGCGCUGUUCUUUGGACUACAGCACUCGGAGUUCAUUUGGAAUUACUUCACAGAGCCGAGCAAAUCAUCCUGCCAGGCGAUGAAGAAUGGUCGCUGUUAUUGGCCACGUGGAAAGAUGAUUGGCGGAACGGGUGGAGUUAAUGCGAUGCUCUAUAUUAGGGGUAAUCGUCAGGACUUUGACACUUGGUCGGCGAUGGGCAACGAGGGCUGGAGUUACGAUGAGGUCUUGCCCUAUUUCGAGAAGUCGGUGCGUCCAGUGGAAAAUGCGACGCAUCCACAGGGUUAUGUAACAUUGACUAAAUUUGAGAUGCCUGCCAUAGAAAAAAUGAUAUUCGAUGGCGCCGAAUCGUUGGGCGUGCGACACGUGCGCGAGUUUGCCGAGGGCAGUUUUGUGGGUUAUUCAAAUGUGCCGGUCACAGCACAAAAUGGACAACGUGCUCACACAGGAAAAGGACAUCUGGGUCGAGUUGCCGGACGAUCGAAUCUUCAUGUGAUUAAACAUGCUCUGGUCAAACAACUGCAUUUUGAUGCCACCGGACAGCGAGUGGAGGCUGUGAGCUUUGUGCGUGGCGAGCGCACAUAUCGUGUGGGCGUGGCCAGGGAGGCAGUUCUAUCAGCAGGCGUUAUAGAUUCCCCAGCAUUGCUUCUUAGAUCCGGCAUCGGACCACGUCAACAUUUGGAGGAACUGCAUGUCCCAGUGGUGAGAGAAUUGCCUGGAGUCGGUGGCAAUCUGCAGGAUCAUGUUUUGGUGCCACUUUUCAUGGAGCUGGAAAGUUCAAAAGAGCUGCCAACUCAAAGGGAAAUUCUCGACAACAUCUAUGAGUAUCUAUUGAAUCGAACGGGACCCUUGGCCACUCACGGUACCGCCUCCCUUGUGGGAUUCAUCAACACGGCAAACAACACUGAUCCACGUUAUCCGGAUGUGGAAUUCCAUCAUUUGGCCUUCGAGCGUGGACGUCACGACACCCUCGAAAUGUUCCUCAACGGACUCAGUUUUCAGGACCAAUAUGUGAAGCAUCUGCAGCAGCAAUUGACCAAAUUUGAUAUAUUAUGCAUCUUUGUGCUUCUCUCUCAUCCCCAAUCGAAGGGUCAGUUGAGUCUACGCAGCAAGGAGUUCAGAGAGCCCCCUCUGUUGGUUAGUAACUAUUUGACUCAACCGGAGGAUAUGGCAACUCUAUUGCGUGGCAUUCGCUAUCAGGAGAGUCUAUUGAGUACCGCCUCAUAUCAAGCUUCUCGGGCUCAAAUCACUCAUAUACCGAUCCCUGAGUGCGAUGCAUCGAAUGAAUAUCGAUCGGAUGAUUAUUGGAGAUGUUAUGCCAAGUAUUUUUCAAUCACCUGCUACCAUCAAACAGGCACUCUCAAAAUGUCCCCGGCUAGUGAUCCCAAUGCCUGUGUCAAUCCUCGACUCCAGCUCCAUGGCAUUGACAAUCUUCGUGUCGCCGAUGCCAGCAUCAUGCCCAAAAUUGUCAGUGCCAAUACAAAUGCCGCCACGGUCAUGAUUGGGGAGCGUGCCGCGGACUUUAUCUCUCAGGAUUGGACGGGGUCAGGUGAUGGAGCAGAGGAGCCAAAACGGCAUUUCCAUGAUUACGAUUUGUAAUCGCUGGCACAGUUUCUAGUAUAUUAAAUUGCAGAUACUAUAUAUUGAUAAAAGUCAUUUUAAGCCUAGCGUUUGUCAAAUUUAAUCUCUUUUUUUUGUUCUAUUUUAAUAAAAUAUUAAAUUAAA